AUGAGUGGUCUCGACCUCCUUGCGAGGUACCUUCGAGAUGGGUUGUUCGAUGAUGCCGACUUUGCGAACUCUUUCGUUCAAGACCAGGAAUCUGACAGCAACUGGGCGUUGCGUCGGUCUUAUAGCGCCCAGGGACACACCAUCAGAGAGCAUUUCAACAUUCAAUUAUUUGACCAGGACGAUAUUCCACUCGUAAAAUGCAGCCUCAAGCUGUUCAUACAAAGCCCUGAUGCUCCUCAGGAUGAUACAAGGGAGAAAAUCUUCAAGCCACGGAGUUGGUUUGGUCCUGACUUAGAUAUCGAAGUGAUUGAACAGCAGGUUGACUCACAACAUCGGCCAACGACAACAACCCUUCUACCGGCCUCAACAUCGACAAAUUCAGUGUCACAAGGUUUAACCGAAGAAUCUGUAUUGCCAUCUACUAUACCAGGACCCGAGCCUGCCCCAAAAACCCUGACCGGGAAAGUGGCCAUCAAAAAGGACCGCAGUCUGGAGCAUCGCAUGCUCACGACAGCCAAGGCUUUCGUCAGAGGCAUACAGAUUCUUGUCAGUAAGCCUCAAGGAAAUCAAGCCAAAAGAUUAAGGACCAUCCGAAAAUGCUUUGACACGUCUGCAAGAAAUGAGCACCCUAUCGAAACUGGCCAGCUCAUGCGUCUGUGGAUGCGAUUGAAGAGUGACAAAACGCCAAUAGACCAAAUAUGCGCCAGAACGACUUCUAAAACUAAGGACUUGGAGCUGAGCGUGGCUUCUAUAAAAAAUGUGGGAAACUAUAUAGCGGGUAUAACGGAACUUGAGAACGCGCGGAAGGCCAGAGACAACGGAUCCAAAUAUCUUUGUGGUCGUGCCCUUGACCGAAUCUUAGAAGCGAUUUCAAGAUUGGUUGAAUACUAUGGGAGUGUGGCGAUUACUGUAUUCACCUUCCUAGAAGUUGGAGGCUUUGGCGUAGCGCGGCUUGGGAAUACUGCCAUUAAAGGCGCGGAUAACGAAAGGUAUUUUUACGAUGGACUUGUCGCCCUGAUUGAUUUGUCAUUGAGGAGGUUCGUUGCUACAGCCAGAGAAACUGAAGCAGAUGCCAUUUCAGAUGCCAUUCCAGUGUUAAACCCAGUAGCCUUUCACUGGUGGUAUGAAGGAGAAAAGGGCCGUUAUGAGGAUCUGUGCCAGAGCUUAAAGCUUCCUGCUUUCGCAAACGCCACUACAAACAUCUACACUGAGAGACUUCCUAGCACGAUACUCGACGAGUUUAGUGCACAAUCGCAACAAGCCAGAAGUCAUGACGGUAGUCAUGAUAACAACAACAAUGUUGACUAUGCUAAUAGCGAGUCUGGGAGCAAUUCGCCAGACAAGUCGACGGAUUUUAUCCUGCACAAUGCCCAGAGGCUUGCGAAGUACAUGUCUUGCAACAAGGAAACGUACCUACAGAGCUUCGAGGGGGAUAAGGAGAAGCAUGGUAUGGCAAAGCUCGCCUCAAGGAUAUUAAAUGGAACAUCAUCGCAAGAAGAGCUCUUGACGGCUCCGACAGACGUGGUGUACAUGAUAGUGGAAAUGUUGCUACUAGACAGCCGGUCAAAGCAAGGGGUCAAGAGAAAGCGAGCCUCUGGAAAUGAACAGGACAAGAGAUCUGAUGGCUCAAGCUUUCAUCAUGACUCGCGGCAGCCAGUGUCGCCAGUUGAUCUGCUUGACCAGAACACCAGCGGCCAGGCUGCACCGCUGACCGGGGGAAUGGAUAUUUCUCAAGGGCUCCCGCCCCUUGAUCCGCAAUUUCCUCCUGGUUUUUUCGAUAUCGAUUUCGAAGGCAUGGAUACGAAUGAUCGUCUUCCGCAAUUCGACUCGCAACUUUCUCUCGAUUGGGCGAACCUCAUGGCUAUGGAUUCCUUUGGAGCGCAAGGUUCCUCCAGUGGUGGCGUCUUCCUGCAAGUCUAG